AUAAAUAAACAGCCGCUCUACACGAGACCGAGACCUAGCCCACCUUUGUUAUUAAGUCUUUCGACUCUUUUUCUACAUACAUACCUAACCUUUUUUUCUCUUCUCUCUCAAUUUUCCUUUCUUUUCCCCCUUCCUUUUCUGUUACUUAGAAUUAAACUCUUGCUUUUCAUUUUCUUCAUUUCUGUGUAGAUUAACCACUCAAGUAUUUACCCUAAUUAUAAGCCUAAGCCCUAACCCAACUUCAUUACUGGAAAUAGCAUUUUUUAAGUGCACAUGGGAUCUCAUGUCAGGUUUUUUGUUUUUAUGCUUGUCUAAAAUUCUCUCUCAUAAGUAACAAACAUUUAGAAAUUUGAACCCGAACAGACGUACAGAGUCUGAGCUUUGUAGCUUUCAUGGAGCUUCAAGGACCUGCUUGUAAUUCUUCACCAGGAAGAUAGAGCUCAAAUCAACUAAAGCUUCACUCAGCUACCCGUUUCUGGAAACCCACCAACUUUGGCCGCCUUCGGAGAUUCGUAUGUAUGUAGUAGUGAAAUGAGAGAGAAUCACAUCAACAUGUACCACGGAUCAGGAUCAGGGCCUCUUGUUUAUUUCGCAGACUCGAUCUGGCGCCCAUUUAUGAAGUCACCUGCAAAAUCUUACGGUCUCUUCACCUUCUUCUUCGUCCUCGUCGUCGGCGCGUUGGUUUCCACGCGCUUGCUCGACACCACUACUAUUGCUGCCAGCGGCUUUGCUCAGAGGAGAAGUAGCACCAAAACAUACGUAUAUCCCCGAAAGCCAGAGUACAAGUUAAAAUUUCCACUCAACUGCACCGCUCUAAACCUCACUAAAACCUGUCCCAGAAACUACCCCACAACUUUUAAUCCAUCUGAAGAUCCUGACCCUUCAUCACCUCCCAUGUGUCCCCAAUACUUCCGUUGGAUCCAUGAAGAUCUCCGACCAUGGGCCCACACCGGGAUCACUCUAGACAUGGUUGAAAGAGCCCGACCAACCGCAAACUUCCGAUUGGUUAUACUUAAAGGAAGGGCCUACGUGGAGACAUAUCAGAGGUCGUUUCAGACAAGAGAUGUUUUUACGCUGUGGGGAAUCCUACAGUUGUUACGGAAGUACCCUGGUAAAGUGCCUGACUUGGAUAUGAUGUUUGACUGCGUUGACUGGCCCGUCAUCAAAUCAAAAAAUUUUGCUGCCCCUGAUGCUCCCGUUCCACCACCAUUGUUUCGUUACUGUAGCGACGAUCAAUCUCUGGACGUUGUUUUCCCCGAUUGGUCUUUCUGGGGAUGGCCUGAGAUCAAUAUAAAGCCAUGGGAGCCAUUAUUGGAGGAUCUGAAAGAAGGAAACAGAAGAAUGGCAUGGGAAAAUAGGGAACCGUAUGCGUACUGGAAAGGUAAUCCAGCAGUUGCCGAAACCAGGAAGGACCUUCUUAAAUGUAAUGUCUCAGACAAACAAGACUGGAAUGCUCGCGUUUAUGCCCAGAAUUGGGUCGAAGCAUCAAAGCAAGGGUACAAGGAAUCAGAUCUAAGAAGCCAAUGCAUGCAUAGGUAUAAGAUCUAUAUUGAAGGUUCUGCUUGGUCUGUCAGUGAGAAAUACAUUCUUGCCUGUGAUUCUGUUACCUUAAUAGUAAAACCCCAGUACUUUGAUUUCUUCACAAGAGGUUUAGUACCGAUGCGCCACUAUUGGCCCAUAAAGGAUGAUGAUAAAUGCAGAUCUAUUAAGUUCGCCGUCGAUUGGGGCAACAGCCACCAGCGAGAGGUACAGAAAAUGGGAAAGACAUCAAGCAGAUUCAUCCAAGAGCAGUUGCAGAUGAACUACGUGUAUGACUACAUGUUUCAUCUGUUAAGUCAAUACUCUAAGCUUUUGAGAUACAAGCCCACAAUACCUGAAAAAGCUGUUGAGUACUGUUCGGAGACAAUGGCUUGCCCAGCGGAAGGAUUACAGAAGAAGUUUAUGAUAGAAUCCAUGGUGACAGGUCCCUCAGAAACAAGCCCAUGCACGAUGCCUCCCCCUUAUGAUCCUCCAUCUCUUAGUACCAUUCUUAGGAGAAAUGAAAAAACAUUAACUCGGGUGGAAUCAUUGGAAAAGAAAUACUGGGAGUCGGAGAAUCAAACUAGGCAGUCAUAGAAAAGUUUUUCUUUUGUUUACUCUUUAUAGAAUAUAAUAUAUCUUCCUAGUGUAUAAUCUCACACUAUUCCUUGCAUUGAUAGAUUCUUUUAAUAAAUUAAUAAUCACAAAGAACUUUUUAUCUAUUCAAAACUAGCU